CUCAAUCAUGUCUUCUUCUUCUUCUUCUUCUUCGUUUCUCUCUUCCUCCACCACUGCUUUCUUCCUCCUCCUCUGUCUAGGAUUAUGCCACGUGUCCUCCUCCUCUUCCGAACAAGGAACCUACAUCGUUCACAUGGCUAAAUCUCAGAUGCCGUCCACCUUCGACCUCCACUCUAACUGGUACGAUUCAUCUCUCAGAUCUAUCUCCGACUCCGCUGAACUCCUCUACACUUACGAGAACGCUAUUCAUGGCUUCUCCACUCGGCUCACUCAAGAAGAAGCCGACUCGCUCAUGACCCAACCUGGCGUUAUCUCCGUUUUGCCUGAGCACCGUUACGAGCUUCACACGACUCGUACUCCUCUCUUCCUCGGCCUUGACGAACACACCGCAGAUCUGUUCCCCGAGACCGGCGCAUCAAGCGACGUCGUCGUCGGAGUUCUCGAUACCGGGGUCUGGCCGGAGAGUAAAAGCUACUCCGAUGCAGGAUUCGGUCCGAUCCCAGCUACCUGGAAAGGAGGAUGCGAGACCGGGACUAACUUCACCGCUUCUCACUGUAACCGUAAGCUAAUCGGAGCAAGAUUCUUCGCUCGUGGCUACGAAUCAACGAUGGGGCCAAUCGACGAAUCUAAAGAAUCGAGAUCUCCAAGAGACGACGACGGACACGGAACCCACACGUCAUCAACCGCCGCUGGAUCCGUCGUCGAAGGAGCCAGCUUAUUAGGUUACGCUUCAGGAACAGCUCGCGGUAUGGCUCCACGCGCUAGAGUCGCCGUUUACAAAGUUUGUUGGCUCGGUGGUUGCUUCAGCUCAGAUAUUUUAGCUGCAAUUGAUAAAGCCAUCGCAGAUAACGUCAACGUUUUGUCGAUGUCGCUCGGCGGUGGAAUGUCUGAUUAUUAUAGAGAUGGUGUUGCGAUCGGAGCUUUCGCCGCCAUGGAAAGAGGGAUUUUGGUAUCUUGCUCGGCUGGAAAUGCUGGACCGAGCAGUUUCAGUUUAUCAAACGUAGCUCCAUGGAUUACGACUGUUGGUGCUGGUACUCUAGAUCGUGAUUUCCCGGCGCUUGCGAUUCUCGGCAACGGUAAGAAUUUCACCGGAGUUUCGUUGUUUAAAGGAGAAGCUCUACCGGAUAAAUUGUUGCCGUUCAUAUACGCUGGGAAUGCUAGUAAUGCUACUAAUGGUAAUCUCUGUAUGUCGGGAACAUUGAUCCCGGAGAAAGUAAAAGGGAAGAUUGUGAUGUGUGAUAGAGGAGUUAAUGCUAGAGUUCAGAAAGGAGAUGUGGUUAAAGCCGCUGGUGGACUUGGGAUGAUUCUGGCUAACACGGCCGCCAAUGGUGAAGAGCUUGUCGCCGAUGCUCAUUUGUUACCCGCGACCACCGUUGGUGAAAAGGCCGGUGAUAUCAUCCGGCAUUACGUUACUACCGAUCCGCAUCCAACCGCUUCGAUUUCAAUCUUGGGAACCGUCGUCGGUGUUAAACCAUCUCCGGUGGUUGCGGCGUUCAGCUCACGAGGACCCAAUUCGAUCACGCCGAAUAUUCUUAAACCGGAUCUGAUCGCUCCUGGAGUCAACAUCCUCGCCGCGUGGACCGGUGCUGCUGGACCGACCGGGCUCGCUUCCGAUUCUCGCCGAGUGGAGUUCAACAUCAUCUCAGGAACGUCCAUGUCUUGCCCUCACGUGAGUGGUUUAGCCGCACUUCUCAAGUCGGUGCAUCCCGAGUGGAGCCCCGCGGCGAUUAGAUCGGCUCUUAUGACCACCGCUUACAAAACCUACAAAGACGGUAAGCCGCUACUCGACAUCGCUACGGGGAAGCCUUCGACGCCGUUCGAUCACGGUGCAGGACACGCGUCACCAGCAACCGCCACUAAUCCAGGACUCAUCUACGAUCUAACGACGGAGGAUUAUCUGGGAUUCCUCUGCGCGUUGAACUACACAUCGUCGCAAAUCAGAAUCGUUUCGAGACGUAAUUACACUUGCGAUCCGAGUAAGUCGUACUCCGUCGCUGAUUUGAACUAUCCGUCGUUCGCCGUGAACGUCGACGGAGCCGGCGCGUACAAGUACACGCGCACAGUGACGAGCGUGGGAGGAGCGGGGACAUACUCGGUUAAAGUAGCCUCGGAGACGACAGGAGUCAAGAUAUCGGUUGAACCGGCGGUUUUGGAUUUCAAGGCAGCGAACGAGAAGAAAUCGUAUACGGUGACGUUUACUGUAGACUCAACAAAAGGGUCUGGAUCUAACAGCUUUGGGAGUAUUGAAUGGUCGGAUGGGAAACACGUGGUUGGAAGCCCCGUGGCGAUUAGCUGGACAUAGUCGUAAAUUAUGAUUAAAAAAAAAUGGAAGGGCUCUUUAUGGGAAAGGAAAGAAUGGGGUUACAAUAUAUUUGUAAUGCCGUUUUUAGAUUAUUAAGAAAGCUCUGUUUAGCAAAAACGGCAUGCAGUCUAUUAAGGCUUGUCUAGUUUCUCGCUGUUUUUAUCUUUUCUGAUUUUAAAAAAGGAAAUAUAUUCUCCGGCCACAACGGUAGGCUGUGUCUCUCUCUC